AUGCAGUUCGCAUUCAUUUCAUUUUUUCUCCUUAUAUUCAGUGGCCUCUCGGUCGCUCUCGGUCUCCCAGACGCUACGUGCAUGAACAGUUUAUCAGAUGUCGGCAAAAAGGCCGAGCAAGAAUUAUGGCCAGUCUUGAAUGAGAAGGUCUGCAGCCGCGGUUACAAGCUUGGCGCAGAUGACUUUCCAUAUGUGGAGAAGAAUCUCAUCAUUCCUCUAUACAGGAAAUGGGCGGAAAAGGGAUUGAAAUUGCCAAGCUACCAGAAAGUAGUGCAGCCUUUGGUGAAUUCAUUCGUGAAAGACUGUGUAAAAAAGUACAAUACAGAUUUCUGCAGCAAGUCUGAUCUUGAGAAAGUGAAGGGCUGUGCGGUCUCUAAAGGGAUGGAGUUUGUGAUGGGGCACAUGGACUACGCAGAGAAGUACGGAAAUGAAGCGAAUUGCCAGAAGUUUAAGGCAGUUCUAUCCGACCAAAGCAUUUGGAAUUGGGCAAAAAAUGCUGUCAGGAAAUUUGCCAAGCACGUGGUGAAAGGUUGA